AUGGCGUGGCUUUUGUAUGUGGUAGCGGUAUGCGCGUUGGUUGCGCCUGCGCAGGCGGUGGUGGGUGGUGACCCAGCAGCACCGCCCGAACCUGAUGCAGCCGUGGUGUUUACCCAGAAGCAUGGGUACAGCGCGCGGUGCGAAGGCCUCAGGGACGAGACACGUGGUUAUUAUACAUUCGCAGGGAUAAGGUAUGCAGAGCCUCCAAUUGGUAAUAGAAGAUUCCAGCGUCCAGUAAGACGUUACCUCGCAGGAGAGAUCAACGCCACUAGGCUUUGCCCCCCAUGUCCUCAGGUCGACCCGAGAGGGUCUGGAAGAAUAAUUGGACAUGAAGACUGUCUUUGUCUCAAUGUAUUCGCACCGAAGAUGCCCGGUGAGGAACGAGGUUCGCCUGUAAUAUUUUUUAUUCAUGGGGGUAAUUACCGCACCGGAUCGAUAGCUGCAUAUGGAGGACAGCAUUUCGCGCAACAGGACACCAUAUUGGUAACAGCUCAGUACCGUUUAGGUUCCCUUGGGUUCCUGAGCACAGGCGAUAGGGAUGCAUCGGGGAAUGCUGGUAUUUUUGACCUGCGUGCUGCCAUGACUUGGAUUAAUAACUACAUUGAGUUCUUCGGUGGCGAUAAAUCUCGAAUAGUAGUAAUGGGUCAAGGCUCUGGCGGAAGGACAGCCUCUUUACUAGGUCUAUCCGGUGAGACCCCGCGUGAAAGCCGGUCUGCAACUGGCGUUGCAGCACUUUCUGGAGCACCAUUGUCACCCGGAGCCGUGAAAUCUGACCCCAAGAAACAUGCGGAAGAAAUUGCAGAGCGUACGGGUUGUCCCAAACAACCUGCUGAGAGACUUCUGCUAUGUUUAAGGAAGUUGCCAGCAGAGAAGAUUAUAGAGGCAGAUAAAGAUGUUUUGAUGGAAAUGGUUGACACGGAAGCGUUUUUGGAAGAAAUCGCUGGUAACGCUGGUGUCGGCGUACGAGUAGAAGGCGAAGAUGACAAGAGAGGUCUUCCGCCACUGGUCGCUGAGGAUCCAAGUGACUCAAUCAAGAAGAAGCACCAGCUAGGGCCUAUGCUAACGGGUGUUACGUCUGCUGAAACUUCACGCGCUGUUUUUGGAAAGUACGCAAAAUUCCUCAGCAAUCAGUUAUCUCAAGUUCAAGAUUUCAUCAAGAAGGACUUGAUCGGUGGCCUCAAAAAGACGGUUCAAGGGGUUGAGGGCUUGAACCCCCUGAAACUGCCUGGUGUACAACGAGCUGUUCCAUUACUCGACUACUAUCAGGCCGUAUUCGAUAAUUCUAUGAAGGCCAUCGACGGAUUAGCACAAAUCGCUGAAGCCACAGGGGACGCAUUAUUUAACUUUCCGGCUUAUCAAAGCGUUCGUGAAUGGAGCGCAGGCGCACCUGCUCUGAUGUACAGCUUCGAACACGUCGGUAAUCUCAGCAAGGGCUCACAUUUUAUACCUGGGAUCGCUUUGACACAAGGCGCAGAUAAUCCAUCUGAAAACGUGCAACAAAAAGGGAAAGGACCAGCUCAUGGGGAUGAACUGGCUUAUCUUUUUGAGCCUUUGGAUGAUGAAGGGAAACCUCUAAAUCAGUCUGUAUCCACAACUGAUGCGGAGGUCCGCCAAUCGUUCGUCAGUCUGUUUGCGAAGUUCGCAAGAAACUUAAGCUCAAAUAAAACUAGAGACGAAAAGCUAUUUGGAUUCAUACCAUAUUCGACGGAUGGUGAACAAUAUUUGAAGAUUGGUAAAACAAUUACACUGGACAAGAACUUUAGGUUCUGUCAAAUCGGUCUUUGGGGUGAGAUGUCGGAUCGCUUAACGGACACUUUUUGCAAAAAUCAUCUAGAACAAAUCCUUAAUUUACCAAAACUUAUAUCGCCUGUUGCUAUACAAGUCGAUAAAGUUGGUAAAAUUCCACUCCACAACCAGGGCAUACCCCUUUUGAUGCCCAAACCAACUACCAAGCCUAAUUGGAACGCAUUUAAUAAUAUAAAUCCAUUCGGUAUUGCGUAA